CUGCCUGCCUCGCGGCUAGAUGAUCUCAGAAUUUGGCGCUGCUUUUUAUUUUGGCAGCUUUUUAGAGUCAAAUUCUAGAUCUUCUGAUACACUCUAUAAGAAAUCAGAAAAGAAAAUAUAGCCUUUUGAUCACGAUGUGUCCCUCGGUCAUCCGUCACACUCCCUUGGAGGAUGACCUAUUUUUGAUUACUCCCCAGAACAUGCCACGAUUUCUGACGGAUGUGCACAACGUCAUCUCGCUUGAUCGCCCAUGUCUCUCAAUGAGCAUGCGCAGAAAAACCGUUAAAAAAACUCCACGAGAAGUCGAGGAGGUCGCGACGGGUCUGGGUCCGCAAAACAGAGAACGGCGUUCUUCCUCGUGUCUUCCAAACAGCUCAGAGCCGAUGGCCCAGGUAACCCAUGUGCUCACUGUGCUCGUCGUGGAUCACGAGAACGUUGGGUUCUGUCCUGUCCUCUGUUCUCGGCUUCCUGCAAAUGCAGACCCUUGGAUUGGCCAUUUUGAGGCCAAGACAUUGUUCACGACGUCUUCGCCGGGCUUCGACAUGUGCGAUCUUCCGUUGUGUUGGCUUAGAGUCUUGGGCUGGUUCUUCGAUCAAUUUUCUGGUCAAAGCCCACCUGCUUCGGGUAAAAAUGUCUCAGAGGCCGACACUGGCGAAGUCGGAGAAGGUGAC